AUGACUCGGUAUGACCUGGCGGUCGUAUUGGCUCAUUAUCUGUGGCAUUGGUACUACACCUCUAUUGAAAUGAAACCAUGGUCAGAAAUGGAACACGAACUAAAGUUUUUCUUGCCUGUGAACCCUGCAUACUGUAUAAUCCUCAUUGGGAAAACAGUGAGUGCAAGCUCGGCGAAAAUCAUCUCAAGGCAGAACACAUCUGGUUUCAUGCUCUACGUCCCAUGUCGUGAGACUCGGCUCAUUGGUCUAUCCAACUGUAUGUUGACAGAGACAUGUUUCCUACAUCCAUAUCAUAGACUAGAAGUUCGAUAG